AUGAUUGCUGCUCAGAAUAACUUUGCGUUAACCAUUAAGCACAUCAAUGGGACAGACAACGCAAUCGCUGACGCACUAUCACGCUUUCAGCUAACGGCAGCCCUGGACGCUACCAUCGCAUCAGUCCAGUUUCACCACAUCGCUGCCUCUACCAGGAAGACCUACCAAACCGGAUGGAGCCGCUUUGCGCAAUUUUGCAAAACCAUCGGCGAGCCUCCUAUACCAGCGACAGAGCAGACUAUUCUCCGCUUUAAUGCGCAACUCCACCUCGACGGCCUGGGAACAUCCACCACCAUCGUCUACCUUGCCGGGAUCGACAAUGCGCACUCCGAGGUAGGCAUCAGUCGCCCUUCAGCAACCGCAGCCAUCACGCGGGCGGUCAAUGGCUUGAAGCGGCUCAACAUGCCAGGUACAGAUCGGCGGUUGCCAAUAACGCUGGAUCUGAUGCGCUCCAUGAAAGACAAACUACACAACUCGCAUCUUCCGCAACAGGAACAGCUCCUCUACUGGAGUGCAUUCUGCGUUGCCUUCUUUGGCCUUUUCCGCGUCAGCGAGCUGGUAGCGAACGAGACCGGGAAGUGUUGCCCAGCCUCCACUCUCCGCUUCAGCGACGUUAUCCUUCACGAAAAUGCUCUAAUCAUCACCAUUCGCAGCUCAAAAACGGACCAAUUUCACCAUGGCUACCGCAUCACCCUGUCCGCCACCGGCCACUCAGUUUGCCCAGUGCGCUCCACAAAAGCCUACAUGGACGUCCGAAUUACCACCGGCAAAAAUGACCCGUUCUACAUUCUACCGAGCGGCAGUUACGUCACCCGACACUCCUUCGAAAGAGCCAUGAAGACCGGUCUAGCGGGAGUUCCCGACAUCGACAGAUACGGCACCCACAGCUUCCGCAUCGGCGGCUCAAGCGCCGCAGCGGCAAAUGGCACUUCCCAUCAGCGCUUACAGGAAGCGGGGCGAUGGCGAAGUAACUGCUACACCCGUUACGUACGAAACACGGUACCCAUCCGCGGCAUCCAGGCCUACCCUCUUUGA